GUUCGAGGUCGAAGCGCGGGAGACUUUGGAAAUUUUAGAGCGCCCAAGCUUAACGAUACAGCGACAACACUCACCAUUCACCACAUUCUCCCCCCCCCAACUUUUUACAAUAAAUUUCGCUAGUAAAAAGAAAAUGGGUGUCGGUCGUCGCAUGAGGAAGCAGGGUCCUCCUGAGCCACUGUCAGAAGAACAUUUUGCGAAAUUAAAGCGAAAGGCUGGUUUACCUGUAGACGAUGUUCCCACCGAGGCGCCGAAUAAGAAGAAGCGGAAAACCGCAACCGAAUUAACGUCCAAGACCAAUGGUGCUGGUGCUGGUGCGAAGAAGGCCGCUACCAAAUCCAAUGUGAAGCCUAACGGUGUAAAAGCCGCCCCGGCACCUAAACAAAAUGGGAAGAAUAAUAAAUCGAAAGCUAAGAAGAAGGCUGCCCCUGCGCCAGAGUCCGAUGAAGAGCUAAGCGACGGCCUUGGCGAUGGAUUCAGCGGCUCCGAGCUGGACGACGAUGAAUUCUCCGAUCUUGAGAAAGAUGAGGAGAUGGGUGGUCUAGGGGAUGACUUCAUAGGUUCGGACGAUUCCGUCUUUGACUCUGAUGCAGAGGACCAGAGGGAGCGAAAAGCCAUGUUCUCAGAAGACGAAGACGAGUCGGACGCCGAAGAGAAGUUGACGGCGGCCAACAUCGUCGGUCUAUCGAAUAAGUUAGAUAGGCAAAAGGCGCAAGAGGAAGCUGAGGCGCAGGCAGAAUUAGAAGAAGCAGCACUCCAAACUAACAUUGAGCGACCACAUAUCCUCGACGACGAGGAAGAGGGCGACUUGGCACGGAAAACGAAAGCGCUCUUAGCUCCCGACCUACAAUUGUUAAGGACGAGAAUUACGGAUACGAUACGUGUCUUGGACGACUUUGCGAACGCAGCGGAGGAGGGUAGAUCCAGAGCUGAAUACACGACGCAAUUGCUGAAAGACAUUUGCGCCUAUUACGGCUACUCGGAAUAUCUUGCCGAGAAGCUCAUGAACCUAUUCCCACCAAAAGAGGCUUUCGCAUUUUUCGAGGCUAACGAGACGGCGAGACCCGUCGUCAUCCGAACCAAUACUCUACGAACACAUCGCCGGGACUUAGCCCAAGCCCUUAUAAAUCGUGGCGUUACUCUUGAGCCUGUUGGCAAGUGGUCUAAAGUCGGACUACAGAUCUUCGAAAGCAACGUCCCUCUUGGUGCUACUCCCGAAUACCUUGCUGGUCACUACAUUCUCCAGGCUGCAUCUUCAUUUUUGCCCGUCAUGGCUCUAAGCCCGCAAGAAGGCGAGCGAGUGCUCGAUAUGGCCUCUGCUCCUGGUGGUAAAACGACACAUAUGGCUGCUAUGAUGAAGAACACCGGUUGUAUAUUUGCCAACGAUCCCAGCAAGUCCCGUGCGAAGGGUUUGAUUGGUAACAUUCAUCGUCUUGGUUGUCGCAACGUAAUUGUCUGCAACUAUGAUGCCCGAGAGUUCCCGAGAGUCAUCGGUGGCUUCGACCGAGUACUCCUUGAUGCUCCUUGCUCAGGUACGGGAGUUAUCGCCAAGGACCCCUCGGUUAAGACGAACAAGGAUGAAAAGGACUUCAUGGUCUUACCCCAUACCCAAAAGCAGCUCUUGCUAGCUGCAAUCGACUCGGUUAAUCACGCGAGCAAGACCGGCGGUUAUCUAGUCUACUCCACAUGUUCGGUCACGGUCGAGGAGAACGAACAAGUAGUCCAGUAUGCGCUCAACAAGCGACCUAACGUCAAGUUGGUCUCUACCGAGCUCCCCUUCGGCAAAGAAGGUUUCACCAGCUACAUGGGCAAGAAGUUCGACCCCAGCCUGCGCCUGACGCGAAGAUACUACCCGCACACGUACAACGUGGACGGUUUCUUCGUCGCCAAGUUCCAGAAGGUCGGCCCGACGCCGGCCAACCUCGUCAAGGACAAGCCCGUCCAGGGCGCCUCGGCGGCGCCGCGCGCGGAGGAAGAGGAGGUCAUCGACAAGACGCCCAUCGCGGCGGAUGACAAGGUCCCCGGACAGGACGACGACUUUGGCGGCUUCGACGACGAGGAGGAUCAGAAGUACAUGGAGAGGGCGAAGCGCAACGCUAUGCGGAAGCGCGGUCUUGAUCCUAAGGCGCUGAAGAAGCCUACUACAAAUGGUAGUGCGGAGAAGAGCGAGAAGAGCGAGAAGAGCGAGGCUAGGAACGGGGCUAAGGAGGAGGCUCAGAACGAGAAGAAGGGGGAGGAGAAGAGCGAGGCUAAGAAGGACAAGAACGAGAAAAGCAAGAGCCAGGAGAAGAGCAAGAGCAAAGUUGAGGCCAAGAGCGACGGCAAGACGAAGAGCAAAAAGAAGACGUAGCUAGAAGCUUAAAGGCGUAAUGUUAUUCUCGUUGGGUAUCGGGGAAAAUCAUGGCAUUUGUUCGAGUUUCGUGCUGUGGUUGAUGGAAUGUGAAUAGUGACUAUUCUCUACCUCCUGCAAGGUUCCCUUCGAGUCCAAGCUACCUAGGUAACCUUAUGUUUAUAAUCGAGUUGUUGUUCUGCGUAAGUGUAUACUUUCUCUGGAGACUUCAGCUACGUCUCUUAGAAGAAUCAAAUGGCAAUGCAAUUAGUUGUGCUUGAAGGCGGCGAUGUUUAUCGAGCCAUCACAGGUUUGCUUACACGCAGAUCCUAAGAUUCAACUUUACCAGGUAGGUACCUAACCUAAGG